CCUGCGGCAGCAGCAACAACACAAUGGAAUAGACUGUCUGGUUCUGUUAGCAGAGUUAGCUUCGUUGUGUCUUCUGAGCUGAGUUUUUGUGUCUUUGCAGCAACAAUGUCUUCAUCUCAGUCUCUGAGAGAGUUUAUCAGGGAGCGACUGACCGCUGCUGCUGAAGAAAUAUUCUCAGAGUUUGAUAAAACCAUCGUCCACUACGAGGAAGAGCUGGAUCGUCAGCGCAGACUGCUGGAAAUCAGCUUGAAACCCCAGAUAAACCUGCAGAGAAUAGUUCUCCCACAGCGUUAUGUUUGGAAGGAAGAGGAGGUUCCCACUGACCAUCACUUCAGCAGCCUAGAGAGUAACUCCAUUUUGGACCAAGAGGAGCCACAACCUUUUAUUACAAAUGAGGAGCUGGGGAAAACCGAACCUUCACAGAUAGAAGAGAUCUGGGUCGAACUAGAACCACCACAAAUACAGGAGGAACCGGAACAACCAGCUAUAAAGACUGAACAGGAGGAACUCUAUGUUAGUCUAGAGAAAGAGCAGCUUGAACUGCAGCAGUUAUCUGGUUCCAGGGAACCAAGAUCAUACAAGGACCAACUCAUCUCUCUGAUUUCCUCUGAGUCUGAGAAACAAAAGCAGGAAACGAGCGACCUUGAAGAUUCAGGAUCAACCAGAGACGAAGGAAAUAAGAGCUUUCAGCAAAUCAGAGGUGAUGUUGAAGAUGUAGACAAUACAGAAGCGGUAACACAGGAGACGGUGCACACAAAUGAUAGUAUAUCAGCUUGUGAAGUCUGUGGUAAAAGCUUUUCCCUUAGUUAUUUGACAGAUCACAUGAGAAUUCACACAGGUGAGAAGCCUUUUUCAUGUUUGACCUGUGGAAAGAAUUUCAACAAAAGAACAGGUCUAUACCAGCAUACAAAAACUCACACAAGUGAGAAACCUUUCUCAUGUUUAACAUGUGGAAAAAGAUUUACCUUCAAAGCAAGUUUAUCUCGGCACACAAGAGUUCAUACAGGUGAGAAGCCUUUCUCAUGUUUGACUUGUGGAAGAGAUUUCAGCGACAGAGGAAGUUUAUCUCGGCACACAAAAAUUCAUACAGGUGAGAAGCCUUUUUCAUGUUUGACCUGUGGAAAGAAAUUCAACAAAAGAACAGGUCUAUACCAGCAUACAAAAUCUCACACAGGUGAGAAACCUUUCUCAUGUUUAACAUGUGGAAAAACAUUUGCCUUCAAAGCAAGUUUAUCUCGGCACAUAAGAGUUCAUACAGGUGAGAAGCCUUUCUCAUGUUUGACUUGUGGAAGAGAUUUCAGCGACAGAGCAAGUUUAUCUCGGCACACAAAAAUCCAUACAGGUGAUAAGCCUUUUUCCUGUAUGACUUGUGGAAAACAUUUUAUUCAAAGAAGUCAUUUGACUACUCAUAUGAUAACACACCAUGGUGAGCAGAUGUAGUCUUGUGGUACUCUCAAACAUGGGGGUUCUUCAGAACUGCCAGGUCCGAAGUUGAAUGUCGUAGAUAAUCAAUAAAUAGGUUCUGAUAUGACUUGUUAAUGUGCUUGUAAAAUAUUUAGUGCAGUUUCACCUAUUAGUUUGCUGCUAGAACUUUAAGACAAUGUUGUCCGCCUUAUAGGAAUAUAAUUGUUUAUUUUGAGCAAUGCAGUGCAAAAAUGUACAAGAAAUAAAGAGCUUUUACACAUUAAAUAGGUAAACAACUUUAUUCAAAUUCAGGCAUGAUAAAUACUGCCUUUACUUGUACAUAUAUUAAAGAGAAUAGAAUAGUCCCAUAAAGCGAUUGAUGUUUGAGCUGUCUCCUGGUAACAUGUAUAACACUGUGAUGUGUGCCCUGCAAUCUGUAUAAGGAAGAGUUUGCCAACAAGUCCCAAUCAAGAUUGUAAGUUGAAUUAAUUUUGUAACCUUUUUCUGUUUGAUUAAAGUCUGAUGGUGACUGUCAGUUGUGUUGCUGGGUCUUGCAUGUUUGCUUUGAAAAGGAUACAAACAGUCUGUGUAUAUAUAUUUAGGCCAGCAGACAGCUUUGCCACGGCCUGGGGACAACACUGUCUCUUUUUGGGGAGGGGGGAUUGAUUAUAUUCUUACUUGUAUUUCCGUAAAAAUCGCUGAGUCUACCUUUUAUGCUCUCUGCCAAUUUGUUUAUUGAAUAAUUUCCUUUUGUAAAUGGAUUCAAGCUAAUUCAACAAUCGUGUACUAGAAAUACAUUGCAGUCCUUUAACUGUGAUUUACUUAACUUUCCUGUUUACUUUGUAUGUACUCCGAGUUUUUUGUUUUGUCAGUUCCAUAUUUAAUUAAAGACUUACUUUUGUCAUCUUUUUUUCUGUUUCAGUAAUUUAAAAAAUUACAUUUCUAGAGUGUAUUUUAUGACAUACAAAAAUUACUUAAUUUCCAGGGUGUAUUAAAAAACACGGUGCACUAUGAUUUGGUUGGAG